CCCCCACCCCGGCUAUGGAGGGCGGACUCUAAGAUGAAUCCCGACCCGGACCCCGGCCACAACUCCUCAGCACCUGCCCACUGGGGAGACUGGGGAGACUGGGGCGAGGCCAACCUCACCGGCCCCAACCGGACCUCGAGCAACGCCACGCGGCCCCCGCUGGACGUCACCAGGGCCAUCUCCGUGGGCCUGGCCCUGGGCGCCUUCAUCCUCUUCGCCAUCGUGGGCAACAUCCUGGUCAUCCUGUCCGUGGCCUGCAACCGCCACCUGCGGACGCCCACCAACUACUUCAUCGUCAACCUGGCCAUCGCCGACCUGCUCCUGAGCUGCACCGUGCUGCCCUUCUCCGCCACGCUCGAGGUGCUGGGCUACUGGGUGCUGGGGCGCGUCUUCUGCGACAUCUGGGCCGCCGUGGACGUGCUCUGCUGCACCGCGUCCAUCCUGAGCCUGUGCGCCAUCUCCAUCGACCGCUACAUCGGGGUGCGCUACUCGCUGCAGUACCCCACGCUGGUCACCCGUCGGAAGGCCAUCCUGGCGCUGCUCGGCGUGUGGGUCCUGUCCACCGUCAUCUCCAUCGGGCCCCUCCUGGGCUGGAAGGAGCCGGCCCCGAAAGACGACAAGGAGUGUAAGGUCACGGAAGAGCCGUUCUACGCCCUCUUCUCCUCCCUGGGCUCCUUCUACAUCCCGCUGGCCGUCAUCCUGGUCAUGUACUGCCGAGUCUACAUCGUGGCCAAGAGGACCACAAAGAACCUGGAGGCCGGGGUCAUGAAGGAGAUGUCCAACUCCAAGGAGCUGACCCUGAGGAUCCACUCCAAGAACUUUCACGAGGACGCGCUGAGCAGCACCAAGGCCAAGGGCCACCACCCCCGGAGUUCCAUAGCUGUCAAACUUUUUAAGUUCUCCAGAGAGAAGAAAGCGGCCAAGACCCUAGGCAUCGUGGUGGGCAUGUUCAUCUUGUGUUGGCUGCCCUUCUUCAUCGCGCUGCCACUCGGCUCCCUGUUCUCCGCCCUGAAGCCCCCGGACCCGGUGUUCAACGUGGUGUUCUGGCUGGGCUACUUCAACAGCUGCCUGAACCCCAUCAUCUACCCGUGCUCCAGCAAGGAGUUCAAGCGCGCCUUCCUGCGCCUGCUGGGCUGCGAGUGCCGCGGCCGCCGCCGCCGCCGCCGCCGCCGUCGCCGCCUGGGCGGCUGCGCCUACGACCCGUACCGGCCCUGGACGCGCGGCGGCUCGCUGGAGCGCUCGCACACGCGCCGGGACUCGCUGGACGACACGGGCAGCUGCCUGAGCGGCAGCCAGCGGACCCUGCCGUCGGCCUCGCCCAGCCCCGGCUACCUGGGCCGCGGCCCGCCGCCGCCCGCCGCGCUCGAGCUGGGCGCCUGCCCCGAGUGGCGAGCGCCCGGCGCGCUGCUCGCCCUGCCGGCGCCCGACCCGCCCGGCCGCCGCGCCCGCCGCGACUCCGAGCCGCUCUUCACCUUCCAGGCGCUGCCCGACGGGGACCGGGACGCCGCCGCCGCCGCCGCCGCCGCCCUGGCCAACGGGCAGCCGCGCUGCAAGACCAACAUGCCCCUGGCGCCCGGCCGCUGCUAG